AUGAAUUUAUUAUUAUUUAUUAUUUUAAUAAUAUCGAUUGAAUCAAAAAAAUCUAUUCGUAAAUAUCAAUAUGUACGAGAUAGUGAUAUGUUUGAUAUAGAUGGUUUAAUACGUUUUUCAAUAUUAAAUUCAAAUGGAAAAGAAUAUUUAUAUCGUUUAAGAAAUUCAUAUAAUGAUAAUGAUGCACUUCUUAUUGUAUCAUAUCCAUCAAAAGAUAUUGUUGCUUAUCUUCAAGGUCAAUGGAAAAAUUUAACAUUAAAUGUUACUUUUGAUAUAUUUAAUUCAACAACAAAUCAAUGGAAUAAUGGAACAAUAAAUAAAAUUUAUAAUUUAUUUGUUGAAAAAUAUUUAAUUGAAUGGAAUAAUGAAAAUUUUUUAAUGAAAAAAAAACUUUUUUCAAUAUAUCAUAAAUUUUAUGAUGAAAAUCAAUAUGUUUUAGCUCGAUUUCGAAUGCGUUUUCGUUGGUUUAAUUGGUCAUUGAUUAAAUAUGAUUUACAAAUAUAUUCAGAUAAAUUACCUGAUAUUAUUUAUUUUUUUUCAAUUGCAAUUGUUGAUUAUAGAAAUUUAAUUCAAUAA